AUAUACCCCGAGCCCACAAAAUUCAAUCUCUUUUAAGCAGGAACACACAUAAAGCUGAAGCCAAAUAGAUAAAUACUCCGUGUUCUUUCUGGGAAAACAAGGUAAUCAAGAGCUCUGAAUUACCCUCUAAUAAAGAUUGCCUCCCGCGGGGGUCCAGGCAAGUCUGUCGUUAUCUCAGCAUGACAGUAGGAAAGUGAAAAGGUAUAAGAGCUCCCGUCGGUGCAUCCCGCUUCACUCCGCAGCCGUGGGAUCAGGGCGACGGGCGCAGCACCGCCCGUGGGAGCGCAGCCGCGGAUACCCCGGGACCGGGUGGGGAGGAAGCAGCGCUUCCAGACCCCGCACCAGAGACAGAUGCCACCUAGAGCUCGGAUUUCUCCUACCUUCCCUGUGCUGCGAUCCGCCGCCGUCGGGAGGAGAUGUGACUUGAGGUAACUGCCCCCCAAACUCCUUUUUUUUUUCCCCUGGGAAAUUUCCAGCUCCUGAAUUUUGCACAUUCCUCUUCGCGGUUACCGCUGUCUGUCUGUUGUUCCUAGAUCGAGAUGAGCACGGCUUUAAUUCCCGGCCGUGCUUAGGAUCCGGCUAAGAAACGACAUCUGUGCACCCUGGGCUGCCUCCGGUUCCUGCUCACAGCCGCCGGGGAAAGGACAUCUCUGGUGGAACGCACAUGGGAGCAGAAGGGAAGACCCUAGUGGUUGGACGCUUUCAACAAAGCAAGCUUGAGAAUAACCAGGUUCCUUGCCUUUCUCUCACUUCCAAUCCCUUCUUGCCACCAGCAGGUCUGGUCCCUCUGCUGUGACCAUGGAAAAUACCUCUCUCUCUGAGCUCAAUUCUUCAUGUGUGGCUGGGCACACAGACUGUGGAAGGAGAGGAGAUGUGGAGCUGGAUAUUCCUACUCCCGCACCAAGCCCCAGCUCCUACAUCACGAUGCCUGUCAUCUAUUCCAUCAUCUGUGCUGUGGGACUGACAGGUAACACUGUUGUCAUCUAUGUAAUCCUCAAAGCCCCGAAGAUGAAGACAGUCACCAACAUCUUCAUCCUCAAUUUAGCCAUUGCUGAUGAACUUUUUACCUUGGUGCUGCCCAUCAACAUCGCUGACUACCUGCUCCUACAGUGGCCCUUUGGAGAGUUCAUGUGCAAGCUCAUAAUCUCCAUAGAUCAGUACAAUAUUUUCUCCAGCAUCUACUUCCUCACCAUUAUGAGUGUUGACCGCUACCUUGUUGUAGUGGCCACCACCAAGUCCAGGAAGAUGUCUUACCGCACCUACCGAGCUGCCAAGAUUGUAAGCCUCUGCAUCUGGUCCUUUGUCACAGUCAUCAUCCUGCCCUUCACUGUCUUUGCUAAGGUACACAAGGAGCAGGGGCGCUCCCAGUGUGUUUUUGUGUUCCCUCAUCCUGAAAGCGUGUGGUGGAAAGGCAGUCGGAUUUACACUCUUAUUUUAGGCUUUGCUAUCCCAGUGUCCACCAUCUGCAUCCUCUAUACCAUCAUGUUGUGCAGACUGAGACGUGUGCAUCUUCAUAGCAAUGCAAAAGCCCUGGAUAAAGCCAAAAAAAAAGUGACACUGAUGGUGGUCAUCAUCCUGGCUGUGUGUCUGUUCUGCUGGACACCCUAUCACCUCAGCACAGUGGUGGCCCUCACCACAGACAUCCCACAAACUCCUCAGAUUGUUGGGAUUUCCUACUUCAUCACUAGCUUGAGUUAUGCCAACAGCUGUUUCAACCCUUUCUUGUACGCCUUUCUGGAUGACAGUUUCCGGAGGAGUUUUCGCAAACUCAUGGACUGCAGAACCACCUCAUAGAGCCAACAUGAUACCCCUCUUGUAUGUCCCUCUCACUGUUAUCUGCUCUUCCUGAGGCUCUCAAGCCCAGAGAGUGCUUUUGCUCCAUCCUCCCUGUGAUGGUCCACGGUGCUUCAGUCUCACUGCCCAAAAUACAGAGUGGGGACAGAUGGAUUAAUCUCAACUUUCUAGCACCUAUUUCCUCAGCACUGUUUUCUGUCUCUUUUGCUAGUGUUUGUUUUUUUCCCUUCUCUCUAAUGUGCUUUCUGUCUUAACGUGAUAGCUCACACAGCUGCAGCAGAUCCCUUUUCCAUUUUAAAAUGUAUUGCCUUGUGAGCUUAAGCCAUAUGACUGUCACUGGAGAUUUGCAAAGCCAAAUAAAAGUGUGUUGUUAAGUGUCCUGCUUAAUGAUUCCCCGGCCUCCUUCAUAUCCUUACCUACUUACCAAAACUCUCACAAAGUUACCAGUACUGAAAAAGGCACUGCUCCAAAGGAUAGACAAUAAACCAAGGCAUUGGGUAAGGAAUAUAUUCAAGGGGAAAAAAACAAGACACUGAGGUUAUUUUAUUUCACAAGAAAAUGAGACCAAUGACAGCUGGCAAGAAUGACUUUGGUCUGGUAUUAGCAAUGAGCAAUCCAUCACUGGUGAAUAAAACUGCUAGAAGUAGGUUUAGAACCCACUGUGGAAAUAGAGUAGUUCACUGUAUUUUCAGGAUCUAUUUAUUUAUUUAUUUAUUUAUUGCUCUUGAAUUUAUGUUUACUUUAUUAUUCAUCAUAUAUUUAUGGGCAAUCACCUUCUAGCACAUAAUUUUAUUUCAACCCUAUAAAAAGAAGGUAUUUUCUAUUCAUAUUGGCCCUACUGCAGUGUGGGGAAGAUUCUGACUUCUUCCCUACAAAUGAUAAAUGAGUAGAUCUUAGAUGACUUCUAACAGUAAGGAAGAGGGGAGAGAGUAUCAGCGGAAAUUUCACUAGUAUUCAUGUGUCUACACACAGAGCAAAGAGGCUUUUUUCUCUUCCGUCCUAUGUUAGCCCUUCAAGGAAAACUGAAUAAAAGUAUGGAAUACUGUGAAAAUAGUUGCAAUCUCUUAGCAUUAUCUCAU